UUUUCUCUCACAUCCACACCCACGGAGUCACGGCAGUAGCAAAAUGAAAAUGCUAUCCACACUUCAAACCCCUCGCUCCACCCUCUCUCGCUUCACCAUCCCAUCCACCAUCACCACCUUCACUUCCCACUCCCAAACCCUCCCCCAAGCUUCUCUCACCACCCAAUCCCCAACCACCUCCUCACCCCACUCCCAAAUCCUCUCCACCCGCCACUCCCUCCUCUCCCGCAACCUCUCCGCCGUCGACCUAGUCCGCUCCCACCUCACGCGCCUCCGUAUCACCGAGCCUCACCUCCGCUCCUUCCUCCAUCUCCCGGACGAUAAUACCCUCAUCGCCCAGGCCAAUGACCUCGACCGCAGAAUCGCUAACGGCGAAGAAGUUGGUCCUCUCGCCGGCGUACUUGUUGCUGUCAAGGAUAAUAUUUGUACCGCUGACAUGCCGUCCACUGGCGGUUCGCGCAUACUUGAGAAUUAUCGGCCGCCGUUUGAUGCUACUGCCGUGAAGAGAGUGAGGGAAUUGGGUGGUAUUGUUGUUGGGAAAACUAAUAUGGAUGAGUUUGGUAUGGGUAGUACUACUGAAGCCUCUGCAUUUCAGGUGACUGCCAACCCGUGGGAUGUUUCUAGGGUACCAGGAGGAUCAUCCGGAGGAUCUGCAGCUGCAGUUUCUGCCAGGCAGUGUGUUGUAUCGUUGGGAAGUGAUACUGGUGGAAGCGUGAGGCAGCCGGCAUCUUUUUGCGGCGUCGUAGGUUUGAAGCCAACAUAUGGGCGCGUCUCAAGAUUUGGACUUAUGGCAUAUGCAUCAUCACUUGACACCAUUGGCUGCUUUGGUUCAUCAGUCGCUGAUACCGGGUUUCUCCUUCAUGCAAUUGCUGGUCAUGAUAGAUUUGAUGCCACCUCAAGUAAACAGGAGGUGCCCAACUUUCUAUCUCAUUUUGACUCUGCAAGUUCUUUGGAAAGUAAGCCCUUGAAAGGGCUGAGAGUUGGUUUGAUCCGUGAAACUAUUGAAGAUGGUGUUGACGCUGGAGUAGUUUCUACAAUUCGUGCUGCUGCUUCACAUUUUGAGGAAUUAGGAUGCUCUGUUAACGAGGUGUCGCUGCCAUCCUUUUCGCUUGGAUUGCCAGCUUACUAUAUCCUCGCUUUGUCCGAAUCAUCUUCCAACUUGUCUCGCUAUGAUGGUAUCAGAUAUGGAAACCAAGUUUAUGCUGAUGAGCUAGACUCUCUUUAUGGAGAUUCCCGAGCCAAAGGGUUAGGUUCUGAGGUGAAAAUGAGAAUUUUGAUGGGGACGUAUGCCCUUUCAGCUGGUUACUAUGAUGCAUAUUACAAGCGAGCACAGCAGGUGAGAACCAUUAUAAGGAAUAGCUUUAAAGAGGCACUGGAUCAAUAUGAUAUCUUGAUCUCCCCUGCAUCUCCUUCAGCUGCUUAUAAAAUUGGUGAAAAGAAAAAUGAUCCUUUGGCUAUGUAUGCUGGUGACAUCAUGACUGUAAAUGUCAACCUAGCUGGACUACCUGCCUUGGUUUUACCUUGAGGAUUUAUUGAGAAUGGAACCUGCAGGCUUCCUGUUGGUCUGCAAAUGAUUGGUGCAGCAUUUGAUGAGGGAGAGCUGCUGAGAGUGGGACAUAUCUUUGAGCAAAACCCUUGAUAAUGGCAGAUUUGUUCCGCCAAUUGUAGCUGACAGCGUUGAAUAAGCGAUCAUUCCACCUCUCGGCGAUCCAUAAGUUAUUUCAUCAGUUUCAUGACUAUGAUAACUAGAAGAAUGACAUGGUUUUGACAUUCCAGGCAAGAGUUACCGAAUGCAAAUUGAGUUGGCUUGAACUUUCCACUCUUUGAACAUGAGAAUGUUUGCAAUAAGUCAGUUAGUUGUUUUUUGUUUUGCUAUUUUUCGCCAGCAGCAUUGGUUAGCAUAUGUACCAUUAGUUAAUUUGUUUUAUUUAGUGUAAAAUCAGCUAGAUUGAUUAAGUGUAAAUGAGCAAUUGGUAUUUCAAACUUACCAAACAAGUUUGCCUUGUAAUUUAUUGUUGAGGAUUUCUUUCUUCAUUUUGAUGUUAUAAAACUUUUGGUGAACAAA